UUUUUUUGGUAAUCAUGUUAAAAACGGUGUGAGAAUUCUCCAUGUGGUACCAUUCCAGAUGAAAUACACUACAAAGUCGACAAGCAUCCACUCACUCUUUCCUAUGGAGAAAGCGUGGAUGAUAACAACAUGUACUGGUGUGAGGUGUGUGAGAAACAAUUAGACCAAAGAGAAUGGUUCUACACACGUAAUGAAUGUUGCAUUACUAUCCACCUUGGGUGCCUCUUUGGAUCCUCUUACUUUAUAAAACCUGGUUCCACAUUCUGGAUGAUUGGUGGUUUUCUGAAAAUUAUGUGCAACUGUGGUAACACUCGACUGUUCUGCCAUGAAUGUAACCACCGUUGCACCGGUUCCAUAUACUAUGAAGGCUAUUUGUCGAGAUAUGAGUGGUCUCACUAUAGUUCUGAAGCAGCUAUUUGUUUCUUGUUGGAAUGUACACCAUGGAUAAUAUGACGGUACUGAACCAGGGAGGUAAAUGUAUUGACCGGUUGAUUUUCAUAACGGUCGCUGUGUUAUAUAAGGUUAAUUUUAUCAAUGCCCGCAUUACUAUGAUUACAUACAACUUUUGCAUUGUUUAUUAUCAAGACAUGUACUAAAGAAAGAAAAAGUAGACUAAGAACCAAUGAUGUUUUCAAUUAACUAGCAAACUACUGAUGUUCUUGCUUACAGCUGUUAUCACUUGUCAGUAGUAUUCAGUUCUUAAUAACAAAUUAACCCCACUAGGUUUUAAAAUUUCAUGGAUCUGCUUUUGAUGCAAAUGGGGUGACCAGCGUUCCAACUUAUAUAAUAUGGUCAUUCUUUAACACCUUAAAUUGCCAGUCCCUAAUAUUUUUUUUUCUCCAUAUGAAGAUAUACAUAGAAAUGCUUUUGUUAAUUAUUUAACUUAUUUUUUUUUUCUAACAUUAGAAGGGCCAAUUUCUAAAUCAAUCCCAUUUUUUGUUUGUUUGUAUAGUGGGUAAGAUGCAGAUACAGUUUGCUAAAUAUGUUACCAAAGGGUUUGAAAUUGUUUUUUGGUACAAGUUACUUAGCAACUUAAGAUCUUUAUACUAGUUCCCCAUUGUUUUCAAGUUUUAUUUAAAACAAUGUACCUAACAAUAUGAAGAUUUGAAAGUUACAUCCCAUUUACACACAAACAAUGGAAUAGUACUAGUUUACUUUUUACCAAGCACACCUUAGCUAUUUCGGAUUGGUAUUUCGGACUUUCGAGUUUACACUAGAGGACAAAACAAGUUAUGGCAAACGGGAUCACAUAUUCCUACUAAAUUUUAAUAUUUUUCUAAAUAACUAAUUCUGAAAAUUUUGAUUCUCUUUAAAUAAUUAGUUCAAAUCCCAUGAAAAUGUCUUCGAUUAAGUCAAAAUUGAAGACAACGUAGAAAAAGAAAGAAAAGAAAUAUUAGAUUCAGUCCUGCCAAACUCUUUGGUGUAAUCUGAUAAACUCUUGUAUGUUCUCAACCAAAAAAGAAAGAAAGCUCUUGUAUGUUUUUUUUUUUCUUGUUCACAGGCUGUAAUCCAUUUAAGAUACUAUUUUAAUAACAAUGGAGCCCCUUCUAUCAUUUGAAAUUUUAUGUAGAUGGCUUAAAUGCUACUUUUUCCACACUGCCGACCAAAACACAAGUUGAUCAUUUUUUAUUAACAUGGAUAAAUGGAUCUGCUUAUUAAUUUAAUUAAACCUUUUGUGUUCUUUAAACAUUUAUCCCACUUUUCAAGAUGGCAUUACAAGGAAAGCAGAAUAAAAGAAACGGAUGAAGAUGAAGAUGAUGAUGAAAGACUAGUUAAGCAUAAAUAUUUAGAGAUGCAGUUAGAUAGAUAUCACAGCCAAACCAGUAAACAAAAUGUCUGAUGGAAAUGGACCGAGAUGCCUUCUGUCUCAUCCUGGUCACACUCAUCAUAGCUUGUCCACUGAAGUCAACCCUGUCAUUCGGCUCGGCUGCUUUACUUGCAGCGGAAAAUAUACGGUACGGCACGAGGAUUAUGUGAAAUACUACUGCAAAACCUGCGGUGUGGAGUUCCACAAUGGUUGUCAUAAACGUCUGAGGAGGAUUACACAUCCUUAUCACCUCCAACACCCUCUCACUCUCUUUUAUCGAGACCCUGAGACCGGAACAGUAUCCAACAUCAUCCCCGACGCCAACCCUUCCGAGCCAGACAUAUAUGAUGAAGAAUCCGACACAUCUGAUCAAGGGCAGUACCAGUUUGUGGAUAUUGUUCCGUCCAGAUCUGAUAUCACAUUUGACAAAUGCACAUGGUGUGGAAAAGAUUUCCAAGGUGAUUGGUUCUAUCGCUGUUUGAUUUGUAGCUUUUGCUUGGAUCUCCCUUGUGCGGAGAAGGCUCCACCUCUCACCCUUGCAAACCCAAAAGGACAUCACCACUCACUCCACUUCCUACCUCGUCCAUUGUUAGUUCCAUGUGAUGCUUGUGGGUUAGUGGACGCAUCAGAACCAAGUUAUGCUUGUUUACAGUGUAACUACAUGUCUCAUCAAAGUUGUAUCGACUUACCCCGAGUCAUCAAGAUUACGCGUCACCCACACCGUCUCCAUUAUAUUCCGUACCGUUCACCUAUGAGUUCCUCAUGUCGGAUUUGCUACAAAUAUGUUGACGUCAAAUAUGGACAAUAUUCUUGUAAUCAAGAAGAUUGUUCUUAUGUAGUCCACUCUAAGUGUGCAACGCAUGUGAAUGUAUGGGAUGGGACGGAUCUAGAAUGGGAACCAGAGGCUAAUGAAACUGAUGAAGAAGACAUUGCAUCUUUCAAAAACCUAGGCAAUGGCCUCAUUGAUCAUUUUGGUCACGAACAUCUUUUGAGGCUCAAGAAGCAGGAUGGUGUUGGAGACACAGUAAAGAAAUGUGACGCAUGCGUGUUUCCUAUCGUUUCUCCCCAAUUCUACCAUUGCGGGGGAUGUGAUUACUCUCUCCACGAGGUAUGUGCUGGUCUACCUAGAAAAAUGGAUCAUGCAUUGCACAACCACACUCUAUUCUUAGACCCCUCUCCCCCAGACAACUACGCAUACAUGGCUUGUUCAGUUUGUUUCCGAGCAUCCACUGGUUUCAGGUACCGAUGCCAUAAAGAAGGACGUUGCACACGUUUUUGGGUAGAUGUUAGUUGCAUCUCGGUGCAAGAGUGUUUCAUCCACAAAAGUCAUGAGCAUCACAUUUUUAUCUCCACAUCCUACAACAGCAUGGAUGAGAUCAUAUGUAAAGGUUGCAAGAAAAGAUGUACCGGGUCUCAUCUACACUGCACGGUAUGCGAAUACGCUCUGUGUUACCCAUGUGGUACCAUUCCUGAUGAAAUAUAUUACAAGUACGACAAGCAUCCACUCACCCUUUCCUACGGUGAAAAAGGCAGCGCUGGUGAUAUAUACUGGUGCGAGAUGUGUGAAAAACUAUUAGAUCCAAAGGAAUGGUUCUACACAUGUGACGAAUGUUGCACCACUAUUCACCUUCAAUGCAUAUUCGGAUCCUCUUUUUUUAUAAAGCCUGGUUCCAUAUUCGGUCGCCAUGGUGGUGGAUUUGCGGAAGUAUUCGGCAACAACAGUAACACUCGACUUCUUUGCUAUAGUUGUAACAACCGUUGCACAGGUUCUGUCUACUACGAAGGCUACGGUCACAUUUAUAUGUUUUCUUACAACAAUCGCUUGACUUAUAGAAUUCCUUUUUGCUCUUUGCAUUGUCUACAGAAAAAAAUGGUAGGUAAUAGACCUUGUUGGUGUUACUGUUACGUUCCUUACUUUGUCAAACAUUCACUGUUCUCUUUUGAAAUUCUCCGAGGAAGUCUCUCGUUAGUACAAUGUUUUUAGCUUGAAUAAAUACCUCUUUCUAGGUGUGGAAUACUCUUUAAAUGAUUUCCACAAAGAAAACAGAAAUACUUUAUCAGCACUGUAUGCAGAUGCUUUUUAGGUAGAAGAUUUAAUCAUUGUAGAUUACAUUAUUGU